GUGGAAAUAGUGUGAACAGUGUCUGACCAGCUAACCUCAAUAGUGAAAAUACAAGGUAAAAAAACAGUGAAUAGUUUUGAUCGGUCAAGCUCAACGGGUGGACUUGCUCUAAUGAGAUAACCAAAUGUGUUGGAUUCUAUGGACCCAACAAAAUUUGGCCGAAAAUUAAAGGAAAGCAAAAAGGAAGGAAAUCGAAAAAAGAAAGGAAAAAAAAUGAGUCGAGCGUUCCUCUGUAAAUCGCUCCUCCUAACACCCUCUCUCUACUCCGCUCCCCUCACAUCCUUGAAGCCCACACUCACCUCUGCUUCUCCUUCUUAUAGGGUUCGCCGUAUGGCCACCGAAGCUUCGUCGUCACCGUCAUCCCACACCGGCGGUGACGCCAUCCACCCCGACCCAACCUCUUCCUCUCCUCCCGCCUCGUCUGCCAUUGAUUUUCUCUCCCUCUGCCACCGCCUUAAGACGACGAAGAGAGCUGGAUGGGUUAAGAGAGAUGUGAAGGAUCCAGAGUCUGUGGCUGACCAUAUGUACCGCAUGGGUUUAAUGGCUCUCAUUGCUUCGGAUAUUCCUGGUGUCAAUCGAGACAAGUGCAUAAAGAUCGCCAUUGUUCAUGACAUUGCUGAAGCUAUUGUUGGGGAUAUAACCCCCACAGAUGGGGUACCGAAGGCAGAGAAGAACCGAAGAGAACAAGAGGCAAUGGACCACAUGUGCAAAUUACUUGGUGGAGGCUCAAUAGCUAAGGAAAUAGGUGAAUUGUGGAUGGAGUAUGAGGGGAAUUCCUCCCCAGAAGCUCAAAUUGUCAAGGACUUUGACAAGGUGGAGAUGAUACUUCAAGCCUUGGAAUAUGAGAAUGGUCAAGGAAAGGACUUGGAUGAGUUUUUCCAGUCAACUGCUGGGAAGUUCCAGACUGAUGUAGGCAAAGCUUGGGCAGCAGAGAUAGUAUCCAGAAGAAAAAAACAAGGCUAAUUUCUAUCAAAGUUUUCCUUAGGGUUCAACAAUUUAACCUACUCAAACCUUAACGAUGUCGAGAUGAAAUAGUGCACAAGACUACAGCACCAGCAGUUCUAAGCAAGAACAGCAUGAUUUGUUGUUAGCUUGUAGUUCAACUUUAUUUCGAUACAAAACUUCAUAUUUUUAAGCUUGUAUUUUGCCAGUUUAUAAUUGGGUUUGGUUCAAGUUGUAUUUGGCAGGUGAGAAAAGGAAUAGCUUUUAGGAAGCUUUAGAAUGCUAUGUCCCAGUAAUAUUUUCAAUUAGUAUAACUCAGGAUUUAAGGUCUCAUA